AUGGCACCUACGGGCGAUGGUAUGGGCCUCUCGGCCAAACGUCAGCAAUACGCUGGCCCUCCGGGUUUGAAAGGCAUCAUCUACAACGGCAAGACCUCUGCGAUCGCGACCUUCGCGGCGCUCGGGGGGUUUGUCUACGGCUACAACCAAGGCAUGUUCGGGCAGAUCUUGACUAUGAAUUCUUUCAUCGCUCGCAUCAACCCAUACUACGAAGGUGCCACCGGCAUUCAGCAGGGCUUGCUGACGUCCGUUCUCGAACUCGGUGCCUGGAUCGGAGCACUGAUGAAUGGUGUCCUCGCUGACUGGCUCGGCCGCCGUCUGACGGUUGUCGUUGCUUGUGUUAUCUUCACUGUCGGCGUGAUCGUCCAGGCAUGCACAGUCAACAAGGAUUACGUCAUCGCUGGCCGUUUUGUCACUGGUAUCGGUGUUGGAGCUUUCAGUAUGCUGGUACCCCUCUACAACGCUGAGCUCGCGCCGCCAGAAGUACGAGGUGCCCUGGUGGCUCUCCAGCAGCUCGCGAUCACCUUCGGGAUCAUGGUCUCGUACUGGAUCGGCUACGGAACGAACUACAUCGGAGGCACUGGCGACAGCCAGUCAGAUGCCGCCUGGUUGAUCCCAAUCUGCAUCCAGCUGCUGCCCAGCACAGUCCUGGCAGCUGGCAUGGUCUUGUUCAUGCCACAGUCGCCACGUCAUUUGAUGAACAAGGGGAGGGAACAGGAGUGCCUGGACACAAUAGCACGGCUCCGGAGCACCACAACCGACGACAUCAGAGUUCGCAUUGAGUUCUUGGAGAUCAAAGCUCUCCGUGAGUUCGAGCGCAUGCGUCUUGCAGAGGCCUUCCCGCAAUACCAGGACGGCAGCUUCAAGAGCGCCAUCAUGAUGGGUCUCAACGACUACGCCUCCCUCAUCACCAACAAGUCGCUGUUCAAGCGCACCGUCGUUGCCGUCUUCACCAUGGUCUUCCAGCAGUGGAACGGAGUCAACGCGAUCCUCUACUACGCACCCUUCAUCUUCAAGGGCUUUGGUCUUGUCGGCAACACCCAAUCACUUUUGGCAACUGGUGUCACGGGUAUUGUCAUGUUUCUGGCCACCAUCCCCGCUGUACUCUACGUCGACCGCUUCGGACGCAAGACCAUUCUCAUAACUGGCGGCCUCGGCAUGGCAAUGUGCCACUUUAUCGUCGCUGGUAUCACAGGCGCCUUCCAGGACAGCUGGGGCUCACACACCGCCGCCGGCUGGGUUGCCGUCGUGUUUGUGUGGUUCUACGCCAUCAACUUUGGAUACUCCUGGGGUCCCGUCGCAUGGAUCAUCGUCAGUGAGGUUUUCCCACUCGGAAUGCGUGCCAAAGGUGUCUCCAUCGGUGGCUCUUCGAACUGGCUGAACAAUUUCGCGGUCGCCAUCUCCACCUCCCCGUUCAUCAAGGCCUCCCAGUUCGGCGCCUUCAUCUUCUUCGGCUGUGUCACCACUGUCGGCGUCGCCUUCAUCUACUUCUACGUGCCCGAGACCAAGGGCCGUACCCUCGAAGAAAUGGACGAGCUCUUCGGUGAAGUCGGCUUCGCCCAGGCAGACGCGGCUCGCAAGGAGAAGAUCGAGCGCGACAUUGGGCUCUACGCUCUGCUCAACGGCGAGGAGCAUGGUGCGGAGAAGGCCAUGCCUGAUGGUGACAAGUCGGACUCCGACAAGGAUGUUGGAGAGCAGUAUGAGAAGACUGGUUGA